UCAUGAUCCUCACACCCUGUGACUUCCUGUGACUUCCAACAUUUUACAGUAGGAUCCCACCCUGUUCACUGCUGCAUUUGUGUCCAUUCCAAACGAGUGCAGCGCCGAUUCCCCUCAUUGGAUACAGCCUGCAUCUGCAUCAUUGUUGUGGAUUUUUUUUUUCUUUAUUUAUUGAUGUCCACUUACAAAGGACUAGUUGCCGAGAUUCAGGCAGGACGUUUUCCGUGAGCUGUGCUGUAGGGCUGCGGCCUCCUCUCAGCAGUAAUUGCAACACGGCGCUCUUCCUCCUUCCAAGGCGGUGGAGAUGGCUGACCCGGCGGAGUGCAGUAUCAAGGUGGUGUGUCGCUUCAGGCCGCUGAAUAAAUCCGAGGUCGCCCGUGGAGACAAAUAUAUCCCAAAGUUUCAAGGGGAGGACUGUGUGCAUAUUGCGGGCAAACCCUACUACUUUGACCGCGUGUUCCAGUCCAAUACUACUCAGGUGCAAUUCUACAACGCUGUGGCUCAGAAAAUUGUCAAAGAUGUCCUUGGGGGCUACAAUGGCACGAUAUUUGCCUACGGACAGACAUCCUCUGGUAAAACACACACAAUGGAGGGCAAACUCCACGAUGGCGACAUGAUGGGAAUCAUUCCCAGGAUCGUGGGAGACAUCUUUAAUUAUAUUUAUUCCAUGGAUGAGAACCUGGAGUUUCACAUCAAAGUUUCUUAUUUCGAAAUAUACCUGGACAAAAUCAAAGACUUGCUGGAUGUAACAAAGACCAACCUUUCGGUCCACGAGGACAAAAAUAGGGUGCCCUAUGUAAAGGGUUGUACCGAGCGCUUCGUGUGCAGUCCCGACGAAGUCAUGGACGCCAUUGAUGAAGGCAAAAACAACAGAAGCGUGGCUGUCACAAACAUGAAUGAGCACAGUUCGAGGAGUCACAGCAUCUUCCAAAUCAACAUCAAGCAGGAGCACACUCAGACGGAGCAGAAACUCACCAGCAAACUCUACCUUGUGGAUCUGGCUGGGAGUGAAAAAGUGGGUAAAACUGGAGCGGAGGGUACAGUGCUGGAUGAAGCCAAGAUGAUCAACAAGUCUCUGUCGUCACUCGGAAAUGUUAUUUCGGCACUGGCUGAGGGCUCAAACUAUGUGCCAUACAGAGACAGUAAAAUGACCAGGAUCCUGCAGGACUCCCUUGGAGGAAACUGUCGGACCACCAUGGUCAUCUGCUGUUCACCUUCAUCCUUUAAUGAUGCCGAGACCAGGUCUACUCUGCUGUUUGGACAAAGGGCCAAGACCAUCAAGAACACCGUGACGCUGAACAUGGAGCUGACGGCAGAGCAGUGGAAAAGCAAGUAUGAAAAAGAGAAAGAGAAGAACAAGGUGCUGAGAACCAGCGUAACCUGGCUAGAAACGGAAAUCAACCGCUGGAGGAAGGGAGAGACCGUGCCAGUAGAGGAACAGUUUGACAAGGAAAAGGCUAAGGAGGAGGCCAAGGCUGCAGACGCUGUUCCCAAUGAUAAGACAGAAGCAUCGCCAGCGCCAAUCAGCCUUCCUAGUGUCAAACUCACGCCGGCUGAGACGGGACAUUACGAAGCGGAGAUGGCCAAACUCUAUAAGGAGCUGGAUGACAAGGACGAAGAGAUUAAUCAACACUCUCAAAUGGUGGAGGCAUUUAAGCAGCAAAUGUUGGACCAGGAGGAGCUCCUCGCCUCUUCCCGGCGGGACCAUGACAGUUUACAGACAGAGCUGAAACGGCUGUUGACAGAGAAUGAAGCUUCCAAGGAAGAGGUGAAGGAGGUGCUGCAGGCCCUGGAAGAGCUUGCUGUGAACUACGACCUCAAAAGCCAGGAGGUGGAGAACAAAACGCAGGAGUUUGAGGCCCUGAGUGAGGAACUGAAUGAGAAAUCUAGUUCUUUGGCCUCGAUUGACUGCGAGCUCCAGAAGCUGAAGGAGAUAACCAACCACCAAAAAAAAAGGGUGGCAGAAAUGAUGUCAUCGUUACUAAAGGACCUAACAGAGAUAGGCUUGGCGGUGGGCAGCAAUGACAUUAAGCAGCACGAGAGCAGCGGUGUCAAAGACGAGGAGUUCACGAUGGUUCGACUUUACAUCAGUAAAAUGAAGUCGGAGGUAAAAACGCUGGUGAAACGCAACAAACAUCUAGAGAGCUCCCAAGCUGACAGCACCCAGAAGAUGGAGGGGACUGAGCGGGAGUUAACGGCCUGCCAACUUCGCAUUUCUCAGUACGAAGCGAAAAUAAAAUCCCUGACAGACUGUCUUCAGAACGUUGAGCAAAAGAAAAGACAGUUGGAGGAAAAUGUGGACUCUCUUAAUGAAGAAAUAGUCAGGAUCAGAGCUCAAGAGAGGGUUAAUAUGGUGGAAAAUGAGAUCCAGUCCGCCAACGAGGUGAAGGAAGCCGUGGAGAAGCAGAUCCUGUCCCACAGAGAGGCCCACCAAAGACAGAUCAGCAACCUGAGAGACGAGCUGGACAGCAAGGAAAAGCUCAUUACCGAGCUCCAGGAUCAAAACCAGGAGAUCAUGCUGGAACAGGAGAGGUGGCGAGUUGAGCAUGAGAAGCUCAAGGCAGUGGAACAAGAGAAGAGUCGCCAGCUACAAGAGCUCACGGAGCUGCAGGACAAACGGGAGCAGACAAAGCAGGACCUGAGGGGACUGGAGGAAACAGUGGGUCGGGAGCUGCAGACGCUUCACAACCUCAGAAGACUUUUUGUCCAAGACUUAGUCAUAAAAGUCAAAAAGAACUCUCAAGUGAGCGCAGAAGAAAGAGAGGUCAGCGCUGCCCAGAAACGGAAGAUCUGCUACCUGGAAAACAACUUGGAGCAACUCACCAAAGCUCACAAACUGCUGCUACAGGACAAUGCUGCCCUCAAUUCUGAGAUUCCUAAAAUGGCAAAGCGCCUGCAGACCACAAUUGAACGAAUCAAAGCCUUGGAGGAUGCUCUGAAGGAGGCCAAAGAGAGCGCCGCACGUGACCGCAAACGCCACGAGGAGGAAGUUGAGCGCAUUCGGGAGGCCACCAAGCCCAAAAACAUGGCGAGGAGGGGCUCUGCUCAGAUAGCCAAGCCCAUUCGACCAGGCCAGCUGCCAGGCGCCUCGCUUUUGAACACCAACGGAAACAGGUCGAACCUCAUGCAAAGUUAUGGUGGCAUCAAGGAAGGGGAUGACAGCUCGUGAAGGUCGGCUCACUGCAAAGCAUGAAGAUAAAAACCUCGGACACUUCAUUCUUUUUCCAUCAAUGUGUACAUACUGUGUUGUCUCUGUACAUGCUGGCUGCGGAAGUUACCCUUUCAAACUUCCCCUUCUCUGUACAAACAUUCCAUCCUUCAAAAUCCAACUGCCCUGAGUUGUUUCCACAUGCAUAAUUAUCAAUAAGGAAUUAAACAGUUACCAUAA